GUGAAUUGCUGUAGUAAGACCCCCCCAUCAACUUAUACGGAGAGAGAGAGACAUUUCGGCGAACAGUUGGUGUGCAUAGAGCUGCGAUGAAGGGAAGCAAGGCGACUCUCUCUUCGCUAGCGGAGAAGUGCAAGAGCAUACUUGUCUCGAACUGGCAAGGGUAUCUCAACACCAUCAAAUCCGAAGCUAAAUCAAGUGCAAUACAUACUUCGAAGGUUAAUUAUGUGAUCAAGCGUGGAAAGCCUUAUCUUUGGGUGCCCGAAAGCGAAUCACACUGUUGGAACCUAAUGGUCGAUGGGCGAGGAUCCUUUUCUAUAGCCCGUCCGGUCCCUGGUCCCCUUGUGCCGCUGCUCAAGUCAAUGAAUAAGCUACCGAUGCGGGUAGCUUUAACCGGAGAUAUUGUGCCCGUCAAAGAGGGAAAGGUUGAGUCGGUGAAGAAAUAUCUCGAAGAAAUCAUACAAUCAGAGAAGAUAGCGAUUAGUGAGACCACAUAUGCUGUUCAAAGCCUCUUGGAUUCAUCCAACAAUACAUAUGCCUCACGGUGUGGGGCCCUGAAAGGAAUUCUCGAUGAAGGAAAAGAAAACUAUCUAAUUUAUAAGUUCACCCCGAGUUCAUGCAUGUUUAUUGAUCCGAGUGGUUCCACCAAGGAAAUAGACAUGGAAGAUAUGGAGCGAUCAAAAGCAGAUCCGUUAGCUGUUUGGUCUACGAAACUUGUCGAUGGCAUCAACAGAAGCGAAGCAAGGAGACGAGCCCUUAUUCUAUUUUGUUUGUACUAUCUCAACACGAACACAAGGGAUGUGUAUAUGAUGUCUAUCGACAAGAAAGGUUUCGACUUGUUGGGGAAGGUGCCUUGUCAGGAAGCCGAAGGUGAGUACCAAUGGAGAGAAUUCAGAUUCACGUUCAAAGAAGAGGCGCAUGAUGUGGAAGCUUUUUGUCGUCAGCUCAUGGAAAUGGAAGAAGAGGUCGUUAAGCAGUUUACGAGCGGUAGCGGGUUAGGGAUUUAGCCGUGUUUUUGCAGGUUUGGAGGAGAACAAUGUAGCAUUCACUUUGGUUACAAAAAAAAAAAGAGAGAGAAUUUUCACAAGGUUUCAGUUCA